AUGUUUCAGGUAUUAGUAGGAUCUUCGAAAACAGCCGUCGCUUUAUGGAAUCGUGUCUAUUACGUUUACUUCGCCGAUGCUGUGGAUCGGUAUGGAAUGUCACUUUCAAACUCUUCCGUGGGACGAAGCAUGAAAUCGCUUGCCCUCGACAAACUAGCUAAGGAUCUCGAGGUGACAAGGACAAACGUAGUCAGCAUGUACACAACGGGGUGCAAGUACCUCACGUGUAUGGAGACAGGAGGUCCGGGGUCUUUGCUGUCCAUUGAUGGCGCAAAGUCAGAUAUUGAAAAAUGUAACGACGAAGAUUUCGAGAUUUUAUUUAAAUAUCGGAAAACUUUACAUCCAGAUCUGGAGGAGCGAUCCAGGUGUCUCGAUUUCGAGAUCAUACAGAAACUUGUCUGUGGUCUCAGGACUCAAGGUGUGGGUAACGCCGAUAUUGCGACAGGCAGCACGAGGUUGAUAAGGAUGAUCUGCGAAUACGUUGAUGCUGGGGAGAUCCUCAGUCAUGGCAAGAUAGUCUCGAUCAAGCGCUGUGGAGAAAGGGAGUGCCACGACACGAGUUACAUCUCUUCUAGGCGUAGCAGUCCAUCACAAUCACCGCAAGUUGAAGGACACACCAGUUUCAAUGGAGAGAAGGAUGUCUCAUUCAGUCCGGGAUCUAGGGAGCAACGAAUAGACCUUCGUCAGCUCCCCCUGCCGACGAAGGAUUUCAUGUCCGUUGACCAAACUUACGGUAACAGUUCUGUAAUAACGGACGGUGUCAAGGUUGGCGAACAGCAGCUCUCAUUGCCCCAGCUACUUUCCACGGCUAGUAAGAGCAACCUAGACCCAAGAGGCAUAGGGCUCCGGCUCCUUCGUAACUCUGCGGAAGCUGAGAGAUAUGAUGCGAUGGCAGAUCACUCAAGUAAACGCCGCAGGCUGGACGGUGAUCGUUCAGAUCGUGACGUUGAUAGAGGAGACAUUACUCCAGACGUGGUGUCUUUGCGACAAGAUCUACAGGAAAGGAGUACACAAUUGGAUGCUCAGAAUUUCUCUACGGACAUAGACGAAUGGUUACAAGAAUUUGGAAAUAUUGAUUCCUCAAACGGGAUGGAUUUCGUCGUACAGUUGCUUCAGACAUGGUGA